AUACGUGAUACUACCAUUUCUAAUCAAAUCACAUUGUGAACCAGGAAAAAUGGGUGGAAAGAGUUGCUGUACAAAGCAAAGAGCUGCACCCAUUCGCAAGUGCUCCGUCUCACGAAAAUAACAUUUCAAAUCUCUUGUCGUUCGCAUUUUUACUUUCCACUGGCACCUUCAUGUAUUUAUGAUUUGCAUGUUACAUUUUUAGCUUUGCCAUGUCAUAAAUCUUAUGUAUAAUGAACACCACUUACCCUUGUCAGGGUCACAGGGUUCGGGAGCAUACUCCAGCUGACUUGGGCCGAAAAGUUGACUACACCCUAAAAUGGUCACCAGUCAGUCAUAGGUCGCACACAGAGACAUGACCAUUUGAACUCAAGAUCACAGCAUCACUGAAUGCAAAUAGAUCCCAUGCUACAACCUCAAAGUCAGGCGAAUUUCCCACUACACCAGGGGUCUCCAAACCGGUCAUCGAGGGCCGCUGUGGGUCCUCCUGGUUUUUGUUCAUACCGAUCAAGCACAGAUCUUUUAACCUGCACCAGCACCUGGCUGCAAUCAACUGAUUACACUUAUAAAACACCAGAUUGGUGAAAAGGUGUGGUCUUGUUUUGUUGGAGAGAAAUCCUGCACCCACUGCGGCCCUAUGUGGAAUAGUUUGGAGACCACUGCACUACACCAUCAAAGAUUUGACCCGCACCAAAUAAUGAAAGUAUACAGUGGGGAGAAGUAUUUGAUACACUGUCAAUGGGUUUUCCCAUUGACAGUGUAUCAAAUACUUGUUCUCCCCACUGUAAUUGAAUAUGGCUUGUUGCACGUUUCAUCUGCACCACUAGAUAGAGCUAGUCACUAAAACAGUGCCACUCCAUUAGCAGGGCUCAAAACUUUAGAACUCGGGUCUCCAAAUCAGUCCUCAAGGGCCACUGUGGGUCCUGGUUUUUGUUCAUACCGAUCGAGCACACACAAUAUAACCAAUGAGGUUUCUGCUAAAACAAACAGCACCUGACUGCAACCAAUUGAUUGCACUUGUAAGACACCAGAUUAGUGCAUAGGUGUCGUCUUGUUUUUUUGGAACAAAACCCUGCACCCAUUGCGGCCACAUAUGGAAUAGUUUGGAGACAACUGCUUGAAAACAUGUUGAAAUCAAGCUCUGUGCCAGUGAAUAGUGCGGAUAAGAAAGCCCCUAAAGUGGCGGGCCAGCUGUCCGGCAGUUUGCAAGCGGGGCUUCAGCAGCAAAGCCAGCAGCUUCUCCUGACUCCAGCCAGCCUUCAGCUUGCUCAGCUCCAGGCUCAGCUCGCUCUCCAUCGUCUUAAACUGGCUCAGGGCAGCAAUACAGCCACCACGGCCUCCGUUCUCAAUCAGGUUCUUUCCAAUGUUGCCAUGGCCCAGCCCCUCUUCAAUCAAAUGCGGAACCCCCAAGUUGGUUUCCCAACAGGGGUGCUUGGUUUUUCCGCUUCAAAUUCAGCCUUAUUGCCAGGAGGAUUCAACCAGAACCCAGGGAAUAUCAGACUGAACCACCAUGCUGCCGGGACCACAGUUGGCCAACAGGGUGUGGAGUUCGGUAAAAACUCUGGACCUGCGUACUCCGCUGAUAUUGACAGACGUCUUCAGUACAACUUGGGUGGUGCAGCAGCAGCAUCAGGGCCCGCAACUCAAGCCAAACAACUCAAUAAUGCUGGGUUUAAACAAGACUUUUACAGCCAAGAUAUCGCUAGCCAACAAGUUGGAUUCAAUGUUAAUGAUCAUAACAUAAAUUUGUAUAACUGUACUGGACAGACAGAGCAAUGGAACAGUCCCACUAGUGUCAGUCACACUGUAAAUCCACCACUGGCCUCUGAUGUUGCCACUGUUUGGCCAGCGCCUGGGCAAGCAGUGCUGUCCAGAAAUGAACUAUAUAACCCCGAGGAACCCACUACUGAUCACAAAUUCAAGCCCAAGAGUGGGGUUUUGUCUUAUGUCACUGACGGCACACAGGGUUUUGGGAGUUACCAACCCAUACACGGGAGCGAGGAAACCUUAUGUUCCGGUACCAGGACACUUCAGCCCUAUCAAGUUAAUGACUACCACGCUGUGACGCCAACUCAACUGCCACACCAGUGCAGUAUCUGUGACAAGAAAGUCUACAACCUCAAGGACUGGGACCAACACGUAAAGGGAAAACUACACCUUCAAAAUCGAAUGCUGUAUAAUACAGAAGGCUCGGCAGUGGCAUCAGCUGGGGCUGCUCACUACACGCUCGGUAGGCCCGCUGAUGGAGCGCUAAAUGGAGGGGACUCAAUGAGCUACACUACUGCCGAUCAAGAUAUUGCCUCUGGAGUCAACACCUCAUACUUGCCAGCUGCAGCCAUGAAGAAUUAUCCAUUGCCCAGCACGGGGUUCAGUUCACACCAGCCUGAGUCAAAGCCCUUUCCUCCGAGGAAGGCUACCACGGGACGUGUUGUUCACAUCUGCAACUUACCUGAAGGCAGUUGUACCGAGAAUGAUGUCAUCAACCUGGGACUGCCGUUCGGCAAAGUGACAAAUUAUAUCCUGAUGCGCUCUACUCAACAGGCAUUUCUAGAGAUGGCCUAUGUUGAAGCAGCUCAAGCAAUGGUUCAGUAUUACCAAUUGACUCCAGCCAUGAUAAACAAUCAGAAGCUUCUGAUUCGAAUGUCUAAAAGGUACCAGGAGCUCCAACUGAAGAAACCGGGUAAAGAUGUUCAGGCGAUCAUCCAGGAUAUUGCUUCUCAUUGGGAAAGAGACGAAAUGAAAGAACUUGAGCACUACGCGCCAGACAGAGCCCGUUCCCGCAGCCCGGUCAGAAGUUCCCUUAGCCCUCAAUCUCACAGCCCAAGUUUUACAUCAUGUAGUUCAACCCACAGCCCCCAGGCAGCACCCUGCAGGGCUCACGAGAGAGGCAGCAAUGGCCCAGCCCCACGCCGAGGUUCAUGGGAUUGGUCCUCACACUAUAGAAGAGGUGAGGAAGACAAGGAAAUGGAUGAACACUCCAGACGGAAUGGCUGCAGCACUGCCAUCGAUCGGCCUAACGAACGGCCAUCGGACCGACGGAAAGCCUAUGGGAAACCUCUAGAUUAUGCCAUCUGCAGGCCCACAGAUGAGCGAGGAGGAGGAGAUAAAGGAAUGCCUGGAAAAAGAGACUUCCCACGAGGCAGCCCUCAAGGCAAGUCCUUCAACUCCUACCGGAGCGUGGAGGAAAACCUCUACAUGAAGGUGAGCAGAUCCCAAUACCCAAGACAUGAUAGCAAGUCAAAGAGGAGGAACGGCAGCGACCACAGCAGGCAUUCGAGGCAUCUAGACAGCGAGAUGAUUGAUGAGCCACUUCGCAGAACUCCAGAAGAUAAGAAGCAUCGUUCGCUCAGCAGGGGGAGGACUAAGAAGCCAAACAAAAGGUGCACCACUGCAGAGAAACAUGACAGCCCUACCAGAAAUACUGAUGGUCAAGCUAAAGAACGGGUCUCACCUCAGGGUGACAACAAGCCAACAGAUGCUGCUGAACGUUUGAAACAUACUAACAAUGAGAAACUGUUGGAAAGUGGUGAAACCAGUGAUGACGAGUGUUGUUACCCCAAGAACAUGGAAGAAUUUCUCACAGUUGAUGAAGUGGGAGAAGAUGAUCUUAUUAUAGAACCGGAUCUUCCAGGGCUGGAAGAGGAUGCAGCUUGUCCUGAAGCGCCUGCAGAAGAACAAACACAAACAAUGGUGGAGACUUUACCAUCACCUUCCCUCCCAUUAGUGGCGUUGGAGACCUCCAUUACCAAAUCCAUUGAGGAAAAGACAUGUGAGGACGCUGAAAUCCCAACAGAAACCUUUGGAACGGAUAAAGGAAUUACAACUGAGACAAUCAUGGAAGAACACAAAAAGAGUCCUGUGACUUCCGAGCCACCAAUUUCAAAGCUGAGUGACUUUCACAAUGAAGAGUUUCAGGUAAAACUGGAGGAGACGUCUUCAGUUGCUAAAGUUAGCAACAGUGGGCCUUCGGAAGAAGAAGCAAUAAAGAGUAACGUUCAAACAUCAGAAGACAGCAAGGUCCAGGAUAUAAUACAGGACAUUGAGGCCAGCUCGAAUGCAACUCACAACAAGGUGGACGGCAUUCUUAAAAAAGAUAUUGAAGCGCCCUCAUCAUCUGUUGAGCAGGAGAGGCUCGUCAUUGAACACAUCAUCCCUUUAGGAGUGGAGUUCAUUGAGCCAAGGACUGGUUUCUUCUGUAAACUUUGUGAACUGUUCUAUACCAGUGAAGAGACUGCUAAGACGAGUCACUGUCGCAGCACUGUGCAUUAUAGGAACCUACAGAAAUACCUGUCCCAGCUGGCCCAAGAGAGCCUCAACCUUGCUGAACCUUCAACCACUCAGUGACAUUGUGCCAUUUCUCUUCAACAAUUCAACAAUAUGGAUACUUGCACUUGUAUUAAAUUACUGGAAUAAUGGUUGGAUACUUGGAAUUAUAAUAAUAAUUGUGUUAAAUUUUGUACAUACUCUGUAUAGCAAGGGUAUUUAUUAGUUUUAUGACAGGAAAAGAUGAAAAGGAUGGAUGGAUUGUAUUUUAAAAAAACAAAUUUUCUAUUUAAUUUGGAUAUUGACACACUUUACAAGUUUAAUUGCUUUCAAAAUAAAAUUGGACUUCAAGUUUGGCCUUUUUGAAUUUCCAAAAUAACAACAGUAAUGGCUUUUAUAAUAACAACUACAAAGUGACUUAAAUGAUGCCAAUGAAUGUUUUUACUCAGUUAAAACUGAGGCAGAUUCUCAGGUUAAUUGUAUAUUUUUGAGUUUCUAACUCAUUGUGUAAUACUUGCCAUUUAUUGAUAACUGGAGUCUUUGUAAAGCUUUUCUUGAACUCUGAUCUUGUGUGCAAUACAUUCGUUUUUCAGGUAAAAUUCAAAAUGUGGAAGAAUACUGAUGUAAUAGCUUUGCAAAACAUGUCUGCCUUGUAUUAUUGCCACUUUAAAUAUAAACAAC